ACGACAGUGUCGUCAAGUUGGACUCACUUGGACUGGGUGGAGCAAUCCGUGAAUCCGGUAAUGACUCGAUUAAAAAGUCCAAUUAAACAAAUUGCAUAAAAAAUAAAUCUCCCGAUUUAGUUAUCAAUAUGAGUAAGUUUUUUACAACUGGAACAGAUUCGGAGUCUGAUAGUUCAUCGGAAGAAGAACAGCUGCCAAGAGCACCAGCACAAACUUUCAUUUACAGUGAUGAUGAGGAAGAAACAAAAAGGGUGGUAAGAUCCACCAAAGAAAAAAGAUACGAAGAUAUUACCAAUUGUAUCAAAGCAAUUAAAAAUCAUAAAAAAAUUAAAGAUGUUCCCAAUGUAUUGGAAUCAUUUGAAAAUUUACAAAAAGCAUUUACAAAAUCUCAAAAUGUCAUUUUAAAAAAUGAAGAUGGAAAAAUUCCAAUAUUUUAUACUCGUUGUUUGGCUGAACUAGAUGAUUUUGUCAAUGAAAAUUGGGAUGAUCGUAAAAAUAUGGCUAAAAAUAGUUCAAAAGCAUUGACAACACUUCGUCAAAGAGUUCGUAAAUAUAUCAAAGAUUUUGAAACUGAAAUUGCAAAGUUUCGUGAAAAUCCAGAUGAUGCUGAUGAUGAUGAUGACGAUGAAGCAAUUGAAUCUGGAGGAGAAGAUGAUGAUGAAGAAGAUGAAGCUAAUGAAAAAGCAGUGUCAUUUAAAAAAACAGUUGAAAUUGUUGAACCAACAGAUGUAAAAAAAUCAACAGAUGAUAAAAGUGGUGUUGACGAUGAUGAUGAUGAUGAAUCAGACUGGGGACAAGAUUCUGAUACUGAAAGUUCAAGUUCUGAUGAUGAUGGUGGCUAUAAAGAUUUACGUGAAAAAUUCAUAAAACGUGCAACUGCUGAUAAAGAUGAUGAUGAUGAUAAAGGAACAAAAAAAGAUCAACGUAAAGAACGUAUUGAAAAAGAACGUAAAAAGAAAAAAGAAGAACCAAUGAAAGAUGAUGGACAAGGUGAAUGGCAUAUUGUUGAAAAAGGUGUAAGUGUACAAUUGGAAAAACCAAAAAUGUUUGCUAAAGAUGCUGAUAUUAAUGUACAAACAGUAUUGAAAAAAUUAAAUGAAAUAAUUGCUGCACGUGGAAAAAAACGUACAGAUCGUCGUGAACAAAUUGAAUUAUUACAUGAAUUAUUAUCAAUAACUGAAUCAAAUACACUUGGUCCAGCAAUAAUAAUUAAAAUUAAAUUACAAAUGGUAUCAUCAAUAUUUGAUUAUAAUCCAAAAGUAUCUGAUGCAAUGAAACCAGAAUAUUGGAAAAAAUUAUUAGAAAGAAUUAAUGAAAUAUUAAAUAUGUUAAUUACAAAUCCAGAUAUGGAAAUUGCUGAAUCAGUAUCUGAAGAUGCUGAAGAAUUUGAAGUAUCACCAUAUAAAAUACAUGGUUGUAUUUUAACAAUUGCUGAACGUCUUGAUGAAGAAUUUAUAAAAUUAUUAAAAGAAUGUGAUCCACAUUCAAAUGAUUAUGUUGAUCGUUUAAAAGAUGAAAUAAUUGUUGCAGCAGUUAUUGAUAAAGUACAAGAAUACUUGGAACUUCAUGGUUCACCAUCAGAAUUAUGUCGUAUUUAUUUACGUAAAAUUGAUCAUUUAUAUUAUAAAUUUGAUCCAACUGUACUUGAACAAAAAGAUGGUACAAUUGAAAAAACAAUAACAACAUCAGUACAAGUUAUGGAAAAAUUGUGUAAAUAUAUUUAUGCAAAUGAUUUAACUGAUCGUAUAAGAACAAGAGCAAUAUUAUCACAUAUUUAUCAUCAUGCUCUACAUGACAAUUGGUUUCAAGCACGUGAUUUAGUAUUAAUGUCACAUUUACAAGAAACAAUACAACAUUCUGAUCCAUCAACUCAAAUAUUGUAUAAUCGUACAAUUGCACAUCUUGGUUUAUGUGCAUUUCGUCAUGGUAAUAUUAAAGAUGCACAUAAUUGUCUUGUUGAUUUAAUGAUGACUGGUAAAGUUAAAGAAUUAUUAGCUCAAGGUUUAUUACCACAAAGACAACAUGAAAGAAGUAAAGAACAAGAAAAAAUUGAAAAACAAAGACAAAUGCCAUUUCAUAUGCAUAUUAAUUUAGAAUUAUUAGAAUGUGUUUAUCUUGUAUCAGCAAUGCUCAUUGAAAUACCAUAUAUGGCUGCACAUGAAUUUGAUGCACGUCGUCGUAUGAUAUCAAAAACAUUUUAUCAACAAUUACGUUCAAGUGAACGUCAAUCAUUAGUUGGUCCACCAGAAUCAAUGCGUGAACAUAUUGUUGCUGCAUCAAAAGCAAUGCGUAAUGGUAAUUGGGUAUCAUGUAAUGCAUUUAUUAUUAAUGAAAAAAUGAAUGCUAAAGUAUGGGAUUUAUUCUAUCAAGCUGAUAAAGUACGUGAUAUGUUGACACGUUUAAUUAAAGAAGAAGCAUUGAGAACAUAUUUAUUUACUUAUUCUCAUGUUUAUGAUUCAAUAUCAAUGCCAACACUUGCUGAUAUGUUUCAACUUCAACGUCCAAUUGUACACUCGACAAUAAGUAAAAUGAUUAUUAAUGAAGAAUUAAUGGCAUCACUUGAUGAUCCAUCAGAGACUGUUGUUAUGCAUCGUAGUGAUCCAAGUCGUUUACAAUCAUUGGCAUUACAAUUAACUGAUAAAGUUAAUAAUUUUGUUGAUUCAAAUGAACGUAUAUUUGAAAUGAAACAAGGCAAUUUCUUUUCACGAGGUGGCAAUCAAGGUAACUUUAGAGAUCGACAGAAUUUUAAUCGUCAAGGACAAGACUGGAACAGGCAGAGAAAUCAACGAAAUCGUAACAAUGAUCGUAACAAUGAUCGCAACAAUGACCGUAAUAAUGAUCGCAACAAUGAUCGUAACAAUGAUCGUAAUUAAAUAUUAUAUUCUUUGGAUGAAAAAAAGAUCAUCAUCAACUAUCAUCAAUUUAAAUUUAUUUUAAUUUUUUUUCUUUUAAAUAUUUUUUGCUAAUUUUCUAAUGACAUUUACAGGUUGUUAAUUGUAUCCAAUUAAUAUUUUUUUUUCUUUUUUUUUAAAUUAAUCAUAAUAAAUAUUCAUACUAAAUAAAAAAAU